AUGUUGACUAUUAUUGAUUUCUUGGUCACUUCUGUUUUUCUAACAGCUCUGGGACCUCAGAACAGAACAAUGCAUUUUGUGACUGAGUUUGUCCUUGUGGGUUUCCAAGGUGAACGGCAGAUGCAGAGCUGCUUAUUCUCAUUAAUCCUGGUUCUCUACCUCCUGACACUGCUGGGGAAUGGGGCUAUUGUCUGUGCUGUGAAGUGGGACAGGCGGCUUCACACACCUAUGUACCUCCUCUUGGGAAACUUUGCCUUUCUAGAGAUCUGGUACAUUUCUUCCACUGUCCCAAACAUGCUGAUCAAUAUCCUUUCUGAGACAAAGACCAUCUCCUUCUCUGGCUGCUUCCUCCAAUUCUAUUUCUUUUUUUCAUUGGGUACAACAGAGUGUUUCUUCUUAUCGGCUAUGGCUUAUGAUCGGUACCUGGCCAUCUGUCGCCCACUACGCUACCCCUCCAUCAUGACUAGGAAGGUCUGUGUAACCCUGGUCUGUGUAUGCUGGGUGAGUGGAUUUCUCUGCUAUCCAGUCCCCAUCGUCCUUAUCUCCCAACUGCCCUUCUGUGGACCCAAUAUCAUUGACCACAUCGUGUGUGACCCGGGCCCAUUGUUUGCGCUGGCCUGCAUCUCUGCACCUUCCACUGAACUUAUCUGUUAUGCCCUCAACUCAGUGAUUAUCUUUGGGCCCUUUCUGUCCAUCUUGGGAUCUUAUAUUCUGGUCAUCAGAGCUGUGUUUCGGGUUCCCUCUGGUGCUGGUCGAACUAAAGCUUUCUCCACCUGUGGAUCCCACCUGACAGUGGUGUCUCUAUUCUAUGGAACCCUCAUGGUGAUGUAUGUGAGCCCAACAUCAGGGAACCCAGCAGGAAUGCAGAAGAUUGUCACUCUGGUAUACUCAGUAGUGACUCCACUCAUAAAUCCCCUUAUCUAUAGUCUCCGAAACAAAGACAUGAAAAAUGCCCUGAAGAAAGUCCUAGGAUUAAUAAUUAGCCAAAACUGA